AUGGGCCAGCUGUGUCUGCGCUCAGCGUCUCAGGGCUGUGGCUCCGCCCCGGCUACGGAUGAGGCCCAGCAGAGGCUGCGGCAUCCCAGUUUGGAAAGCUCCGUUAACGAGAGUCUAAGCUCCAGCAAGCAGUUGAAGAAUCCUACGCCCUCCUUGCCUAAAGGUGAACGAGUGUCUGCUGAGUAUUCUCCAUCAUAUGACAAGGACAAGAGUGUUCUUCUGGCUUUCAGAGGAAUCCCUAUCUCAGAGUUGAAGAACCAUGGCAUUCUCCAGGCUCUGACCACAGAAGCUAAUGGAUGGGAGCCACGUGUUGUGAGUACAGAGGUGGUCAGAGCCCAAGAAGAAUGGGAAGCUGUGGACACCAUCCAGCCGGAGACGGGGAGCCUGGCCAACUCGGAACAGCCUGGGCAGCUAAUCUCCUUCACUGAGGCCCUGCAGCACUUCCAGACUAUGGACCUUUCCUCCUUCAAGAAAAGAAUCCAGCCAACUAUUCGAAGGACUGGGCUGUCCGCCCUCCGACACUACCUCUUCGGGCCUCCAAAGCUCCACCAGGGCCUUCGGGAAGAAAGGGACUUGGUCCUGACCAUUGCUCAGUGUGGCCUGGAUAGUCAAGACCCAGUGCAUGGCCGAGUCCUCCAGACCAUCUAUAAGAAGCUGACUGGCUCCAAGUUUGACUGCGCCCUCCAGGGAGACCACUGGGAGGACCUGGGCUUUCAGGGAGCAAAUCCAGCCACAGACCUGAGAGGCGCAGGUUUCCUUGCCCUCCUGCAUCUGCUCUACCUGGUGAUGGACUCAAAGACCUUGCUGAUGGCACAGGAGAUUUUCCGCCUGUCUCAUCACCACAUCCAGCAAUUCCCUUUCUGUUUAAUGUCCGUGAACAUCACCCGCAUUGCCAUCCAGGCCUUGAGAGAGGAGUGUCUCUCCAGAGAGUGUAAUCGGCAGCAAAAAGUCAUCCCCGUGGUGAACAGCUUCUAUGCCGCCACGUUCCUCCACCUCGCACAUGUCUGGAGGACACAGCGGAAGACCAUCUUAGACGCAGGCUUUGUCCUCAAAGACUUGGAAGUAUUGGCCAAGAAGAGCCCACGGCGACUGCUCAAGACCCUGGAGGUGUAUUUGGCCAGGGUGUCAAAGGGACAGGCCUCCUUGUUGGGAGCACAGAAGUGCUACGGGCCAGAAGCCCCUACCUCCAAGGAUCUCACCUUCACAGGUGUAUGUGACCUGCACCCUGCAGUGGCCCUGGGCUCACCAGCCAAACACGCAGUGUGA